UUGGCAAGCUCUUUAGGCAAUAUAUGACCGUAAGAUGAAGUCACAAACAUUGCGACGGGAGUUGACUCCCACUCAUCCGCUAACACAGUCAGUGCUUUAUGUGAAGAAGUACCAGCUGGUGCCACGGUCCCCUCUAGUCCUCCAUACUCUAUUCGUGUUUAUCACAUAUUGGGACAUGGAAAGGAAAUAUAAACUAAAAUCCCUAAACACCGCCUUCAGCUGCCUGAUAGUGUUCCUCCUUCACAAAUUCUACCUGGCUGAAAAAAUUUGUUCAGUUCCCUCAGAGCCUGUGACUAUUAAAGAGAACAACACAAUCGAUGCCGUUGUUGUACGUAUUAACACAUCAACAAAGAACGUCACACUGACUCUCACCGAGAACCCAGACAAUGCUUUCGACCUGAGGGGCUUAGAUCUAAUCGUGAAGAAACGCCUGGACUUUGAAACUCUGUUAAAUCCUGAGGAGCUCACAGUUCAAAUACGCUGCAAUAAAACAGGAUCCAGAAGUAUUACAUUGACGGUGCUCGUUCAGGUUGAAAACAUCAAUGACAACCCUCCUACCUUUGCCCAAAGUAAAUAUAUUCUAGAUGUUAAUGAGCUCACACCUGUUAACAGCAGCGUGGCCCAGAUUGAAGCAAAAGAUGAUGAUUCAGGAGUUUUAUAUUAUGCAUUAGAACCAACUCUGAACCCAUAUUUCCGACUGGAGAACAUGUAUAAGCCAAAUAUUCUCGUCAACAAAACUCUGGAUUAUGACAUCAUCCAGCAGGUGACGUUGACCUUAUAUGUGCAGGAUACUCAUCCGUACUCGCUGCCAGUGCAAAUCUCCUACACAGCCACCACAACCAUUAUAGUCAACAUAAAGGACAUUGACAACCGUCCACCCUGGUUCCAGCCAUGUACGAGAAUAACUAUUGGCACCGCCAAAAUAUGCCUAACUGUUGGAUAUAAGGGCAGAGUCAACUUAACUGAAAGACAGGAAGGACCACUACAGUUACAUCCAGGACCAAUCUAUGCAAGAGAUGGAGACAAAAGCAGAAAUGAAGAGAUUAGCUAUAAAAUUGUUAGAGGAAAUGAAGAUAACAUAUUUCAAAUAGACGAAAAUACAGGAAACAUAACCAUGCUAAAACCAGCAGAUAUCGCAGGCCCACUAACACUCACAGUUUUGGCAUCUCAGGUGUCAAACCGUGACCAGUUUGCUGCGACUUCAGUCAACAUUGAGGUUAUGAAAAAGAGCAGGAACCCACCAAAAUUCGAGAGGGACCGCUAUGAAGCAUAUGUUUACAGCAACUCAGGCCCUGAGAACAUGGUGCUCAGGGAUAGGACUUCAAAUAAACCCUUCAGAGUCAGAGCCAGAGAUGAUGACUUUGCAAAUGGAAUAAAUCCUGACAUAAGAUAUGAAGUACAGUACAGCAGUUAUGUCAACAUAACCACAGACGGAUUUGUGCUUCUUAAAAAACCAGUUCGGACUGAGUCUUUUGCUUUACAGGUUCGGGCUGUUGAUGUGUCAACUGGUGAGUUUGGGACAGCAGCUCUUUCUGUGCUUGUCCUACCACCCGUGGGUGUCCAGUCAUCCUCAGAGGGAUACCGUGCUGGAGAUAUGGCCUUGCUGGGCUUUGUAAUGGCCGCCUUGCUGGUUCUCUGCCUCAUCGUGAUUGGCUAUCUCAUUUCCCGUCUAAAGAAAAGGAACCCAGACACACUCAAGUUAUCAGAGUGUUUAGGUCCAUGCUUGCAGCGUACUCAGCCCACUGAUGGAUUAAGGCCAAGAGACAGCAUGCAGUUCACCAAUGACGGGUUUCUGAACGAAGCUGACAUGAGUAGGUUGGCAAUGAGGAGACCAGAUAAAAGAGACAGGAAGCAGGAGGCAGCUCCAAAAUGGCGGGUAAGAUUGACACCUCGUGAGAGGAGGCACUGCAAUUCCUGUGGCAUGCGAGUUCAAUCAAACCACAUGCAUCGCAGCAGUCCAGCUCUCCACCCGAAAGCCUAUGGAGCUAAAGACCAUGUCGGAUCUAUCCUAACUAAAGAGAGAAGGAAGGACAAACAGAAGACGGUGUGGUUUAAAGAGAGCGAGGAUUCCUCAGACAUCGAGGUGGAGAUCAUCCCUGAUGACAUAGGGCUUAAAUACGAGGAAAAGGAUGAUGAAUCAUCUUCUCUGGCUUUGAAAGCCAGUGAUAUGGAACUGGGUGAAAUGACUAUAAUGAACACCAAGGACUUUGACAAGAAGGAGGAAAAUGUUUGUGACGUCCGUGAGCCAACGGACACAGAUAAAGUAAACCAGUGAGUGUCAAGAGGGCUUGGAAUCACUGAAGCAUAUCCAAAUAAGUCUUUAAAUCAGUCUUAACUAAGCAGAUAACAGGGUGAUUACAUGAUUUGGGUGUCAUUUUGCUUAUUAUAAUACAAUUAUAUUUUGUA